UUGCGAUGUUUUUUGGCUUUCUGUUUGCUCGAGUGCUGGUUGGACGGAAGACCUGGCUGUUUUGUGCGCGGUUGUCAUCAGGAGAAGCACCUGGCUUGACAUCUUCCAAUGCUUGUUUGAGUGCGUUGGAAAGAGCCAGUCAGUGGCAACGGGCCAUCGCACUGCUUCAGUUCCUUCCCGCAGGACGUGUCCAAGCAGAUGAGGUGUCCUUCAACACGACGAUGAGCGCCUGCAGCGUUCACCUCAAGUGGCAACAUGCCUUGGCGCUGCGCGAGGUCAUGCGCCGACGCCAGCUGCAGGAAGACCAGGUGACCUGGAAUGCCUGCAUCACGGCGUGCAGCCAAGGGCAGAGUGCGCAGAACGCCUUGCAGAUCUUCGAGGAGUUGGAAGCGGAAAAGACCACUUUAAGCACCGCCGUGGUGAAUGCGGCGCUGGCCGCGUGCGUUACGACGGCGGCCUGGGAGUUGGCGCUGCAGCUGUUCCAGCGACUGCAACGGGGAUGGGAUCUCCAGGGCGCAGCCUUUGCAGAUACCGUUUCCUUCAACACCACUGUGGCUGCGUGCGCUGCUGCUCAGGCUUGGGAGAUGGCACUCUCCCUUGCCAACGACCACGGCGACCCUUUGGACGAGAUCUCUUUGGGUGCAGCCCUUGCUGCCCUGCGCGACCGAUGGAAGGAGGUCUUGGAGCUCCUCGGCCGCGAGUCCGUGGCGUCGUCGUCGGCCGUGCGGCGCGCCUUGAUUUCAGCGGGGCAGCAGCCCAGCCGGUCCGAAAAAGGGGGAGGCGAAGUGAAGCGAAGGCCUAAGAAGCUGUUGGAGCGAGUUUUCGGGUUGGAGCCUGAUGGAUCAGCGGCCCACAAUGUGAGCGACUGUGAGGAUGUGUCAGGUGACCAAGAAGAGACCUUUGGUGACCAGACCGAAGACGAGCCGGACCAAAAAGGACAACUGAGCCAACAUAUCAUUGAACACAAACAAACCAGCCUAAAACGCUCAAAGGGGCGGGGACUGCAAACGACUGCAACUCUUGAGAUGAGCAAGGACCGUUUGCUGGAGACCUAUGACCAGCACGUGUCACCGGUGCUGGGUGGCAACGACACGGGGCGCCAGCAGCAGAAGCGGAGGCUCUGGUCGCGCGCGUUUGCUCCGCUGCUGCCCCUCGAGCCGCCCACCGCCGCAGCGAUCGCGCAGGGCGACGCCGCGCUGCGGCAGAAGUUGUGCAAUGCGGGUCUCAGCAAGAAGGCAGGGAGGAUCAUGGUCCAUGGUGCGUUUCCAUGUCAGUGUUGGGAGUGUUUUGUUUCCGCAAACAAAAGGGUACUCGGAAAGCGUCGCCAAUUGAUGACUUUACGCUGUGGCAAGCGGAGUGUCAAAGUGCUUCCGGAGUAUUUCUCCAAGUUGAAGAAGCUGCAUGAUCGGCGAGGCAAAUUCCACCAGGCAGCAGCUUUCCUAGUGCUGGCGAGAUACCGCAUCUUGCAAGUGCAUGAGAAAGGUGGUGGCAACCAGGGCGCCAUUCCGGCCGCGGUCUUCGCGGCCUUGCGAGACUGGGCCAAGCCCAUCGAGCCCAUUGAAGCCUUUGCUUCGCCUUUGAAGCCAAGAGGUUAUCACAGCGCCUUCGGCGACACGGACGGUUUCUUUGGCUCCAGAGGGUCCUUCUUCGAGUCCCAGAUCCAGGAAGGUGUGGUGGAAGUGAAUCCUCCCUUCGACGAAGCUCUCGUGCUACGCACCGCCGACGUCUGCCAACGUCGCCUGGAAGCCGCCGCAGCCGGAAAGAAGGCCUUGGUGUUCCUGAUCAUCAUCCCAGAGACUGAUUGGCCGGGUCAUCGAGCCUUUGAGGAGUCGAAGUUCAAGAAGUGGUCCUUGUCCCUGCCGAGCGGACAUCAUUUCUACCAAGUUGGAAAUCAACAUGUGAACCAUCAACGCACCUACCCGGCUUCGCGCAACACCACGGUGCUGCUCUUGGCCUCGAAGACGAGCUUCGCCGACCCGUGGGAUCUGCGUCAGAAGAUUGAUGAAGCUUUCCGACGACCGUGAGCACAUGCAGUGAUCUCCGAUCCGUGGAGUAGGUGGCUUUGGUCUCUUUUGGCCUCUUUUGGAGAGUGGAGAACAUCUAUAUCUUCUCGGAGGCUGACACUGACGGUUCAGAGCUUUGUGGCUAGCUCACCUGGCCUGUUGACGAUGAAGACGAUGAAGACAUAUAGGCCGAAGAACGCGAAGAGUGAGUUUUUCGCAGUCCCUGCUGGCUGAAUUGGAGGCACGAGUUCUGCAAGUUCCCUGGCUACUGCCCCAUCUCUCGACGGCCUGG